GUCUCACUUAAUACUACCGGCAAUAGCCAUUUUACUGUCAAUUCUGCCAGCAACAUUAUCUGGGUUGCACAUCUCAUAAGUCGUGAGACUUGCAUUUCUCGCGAGUUGUAACACGCUGGCCGCAUCAGUUUCCCCAUGUUGAAUGGACACCUCGCCAGCCAAGAACAAGCACCGUCUCAAAACUUGCCAGCUCCUGUAUUAAAGUCUCCAGCCAAAAAAUCAUAUCGAUCAAAGGCCGAGGCUAGUGUUGAGUAGGCAGAACUUUCUGCCACGUGGCAGGAACGCCCAUUUGCCUCGAGUCCCGCUAUACGUACAUUUAUUUAAGACUCGCUGAAAGUGCAGAACAUGCACACUCCUUCCAACCACAACCCCCCCGCUCGAACUUCAGCAAUCCUUCCAGAGCAGUUCAUUAUGAUUGCACCUUCCGAUCCUUCAGCCGUGGCAGUUUAUUGUGCUGCAUCACUCGGGAAGCAGAAUGCUUUCCAGCAAGCUGCGUUAUCAUUGGGUCAUGCUCUGGCUGAAGCAAAGCGACCUCUUGUCUAUGGCGGUGGUAACAUGGGCCUUAUGGGCGUUGUCUCAGGCGCCGUAAUAGAAGAAGGGGGCCAAGUUACUGGUAUCAUCCCAUAUGCAAUCCAAGCAGCAGGUGGCGAAAAAGACAAGGGAAACGGUGUCGUAAAGACUGAAUCUGUUGCUGAGACCCUCAAAGAGGACCGGCGAAGACAUAUCGAGACAAUCGUUGUCGACUCGAUGCACGAGCGCAAGAUCGAGAUGGCGAAGCGUGUCGGUGCUUUUGUGGGGUUGCCAGGAGGAUACGGCACUUUUGAAGAGAUUCUUGAAGUUAUAGCUUGGAACCAAAUCAACAUUCACAACAAACCCGUAAUAUUGCUCAAUGUUCUGUCGUACUACAGCCCUCUCCGUGAACUUAUCCGGAAUGGUGUACGGGAGGGAUUCAUCCAGCCGCACAACGAGAAGCUAUGUGUCUUCAUCGACGGACCUACGGAUCCUAAAGACCACGAAUCUUUCAACUGGGGGCAGGCCGCAGUGGAUGCAAUUGCUGCAUGGCAAUAUGACCAAAUACGGUCACUGCCAUUCCACUGGACGAAGGACACUGAUACCAGUGCAAAGCCUAAUGAUAAAUUCGACAUCAAAGGCGUGAGUGGAAUUAUCGGUGGCCUAUACGGCCUGAAAACGACCAACUUGUGGCUGAGGAGGGUCUGGCGCGCUUGCUUCCGCUCAUGUUGAUCAUGACAUAGGUUGGCGGACUCGCGCGCAUUUGUUAUCAUAUUUAUUGCCUGUUAUACCUUCCAGGACUCCGGCAUUCAUUUCUUACAUCGAGAUUUACUUCCUUGUACAACAAGUACCACUGAGUGACAGGUAGUUCCAAGUCAAGCCGUCUGUGAUCGCUUGUCGAGGUUCUUAUCCCUACGUCGGUAACACGUUGUCAUAAUAUUAAUUAUUCGUGCCCAAUCAUGAUGUACUUCACUGCCAAGGUCGUGACCACAAGAAGUAUCACAUCUCCGUACAGUUUCAAUAAAGCAGGGAUACGCCCUAGAGCAGAAACAAGG